AUGCGACUAGAAUUUGAUGAUUGGAAGGAGUGCACUGUUAUGCAGACAAGUGGUAGAUGUUGAUAAGCUAGUGCACAGGUCAACGCGUAAACCAGGAAAAAGUUAAUUGCGCGAUUAUCUUUCUUAGUGGUUUAGGUGUUGACCUGUGCACGGCUCAUCAGAUAGUAUCGUAUUGAUCUCAACAUUCUAAUUUCCAACUGUCUGUCUCUCCUUGUAUCUCUCAGUUUUCUCAGGCACUUUUCUGAAGCUUCGCACGUUAUUGAUUUGUGUGCUCGUUUUGAUCAUUUCAGGGGUCGCUCUAACCUCAUACUAGUCGCCGUCUAGUCCUCUCAUCCUUAAAUGGAUGACUGGAAAGGAUCGUGGAGAGUUUACACCCCAUGACUGUGCACACUACUACCUCUUCUAGUACUUCGAAGUUGAUAGGUCUACCUCUGCCAUAAGUACGUACAGCUGCACUUUCUCUCUUAUACCCCACCACGGCUGCAUAGUAUACUGCAAACAUUUAUUUUAGUGGAUCAAGAAGUAUGUUGAGAAGUAGGUAGAAAUGCGUCUAAUGGAGGCAGCUGGCUAGAUCCCAACGAUGAGACAGGCGGAGGAGACGAAGGACCGGCCGCGGGGGAAGACUUAAGGCGGGUUUCCAAAUGUUGCAAGGUAUUGAAUUAUUCUAUUAUCGAAGUAUAAAUAUAGUUACAUUAAUAAUUUAAGGUAAUGAAUUAUUUUUAUGUAUGGAGGUUCCUUCUAGUAAUAUUUGGUAACCUGAAUUCGAUUUCGAAUUCGAUCACAAGGAUUCCCUUCUUGUUUUCCUCAUGAUCAAAAUCAGGUUACCAAAUACCAGCGCCAUUCAUUUUAGUAUAGAUUGUUCCAAGCUGCAUUCUGCAUGUCGUGGGCCCACCUCCUACUUUUCUUUGUUUUCAUUCAAGUGAACAAAAUUGGGUCCGUCAACGUCAAGCAUGUUGCAAUGCUUCUUCUACUGAACAAGAAGGGAUGAAUCCUCGUACUAAUGUAUGGUUCUGGUAUUUGGUAACCUGAAUUCGAUCCUAAGGGUUCUCAGAGACCGACCUCUUCUAAGCGAGCAGUCGUCCUUCACACAAACCGCGUCGUCCAUGUCAACCUUCACGCAACGAACAUCAAGACGACAAAGCAAAAUUAGGAAGAGACGACAUUCCGCUGAAGAACAAGAAGGCGGAGAGCAGACCAUGGAAGCUCAUAGAUUAUGAGUCAUGUUUUUCCCCCAUUAAACAGACCAUCUACAACUACAACAUCUACUCGAAUAAAAGUAAAAAUAAGCGAGUUAACAACUACAUCUAAGUACAACUACAUCUACUUGUUACUCGAAUAAAUAAGAACUUAAAAUGAAUAAGCGAGCAGUAGCUAACUGAAGUGACCGAGUAUCUGAGAAGGUUACACUCUGGGAUACUCGCUUACUUUAGUUUUUCGAUGCUAUCUCUUGAUUUCCCCUUAAUAAAACAAAUUGUGUAGAUAUGGAGAGAUGUUGAUCAUGGCGUGUUCACGUCGACUUGUCAGAAGGGACCACGAUGGUCUGUCCUCGCUCUCUCUCUCUCUCUUCUAGAGGGGACGAGAAUGAAAAAACGCGAUUCUACUUUCAUAUAAGUGCGGCAAUCCUACUGAAGCCCAAGUUACUAGUAAAAAAUACCGAAGAGGAGAUGAUGGGCCUAGCGAAUACGAAGCAGGCAGGAUGACUAGGGAAGAUGAAGAUAAACCAGAGCACAAAUUGCAUGGUGGUGUCAAGAUUUAAGGCCGCUGCGACUAUCUAGUUCUUCUUGUGAGUGUCUACAUACUAAGUAACUACGAUUGAGGCUCCGUCGGCUGAAGGUGUUUCUGUUACCGUUCGCUUCGUCUUGCCUUGCUGUGGACUUGGACUAGUAGCGGCUUACUAAGUAUGAGCCUAGAGUAGAUGCAGAUCACUAUGAAUGUAUUCGUAUUGGACUUAUUACGAAGUCCUCUAUCUUGGACCACUAGUAGACCAUGUGAGUGAAGGCGAGCGCGCGCAGGCAUGAGGAAGAUCAUCUAUUAGUAUCAACUCCCCUAGACCAUCUUCACUAAUACUACCCAGCAACAUACUACUUAAUAUAGUCAGUUCUUUGCUCCUAACUAUCUUGAGUAAGUCGUGUAAGAGGAGCAUGGAGAUCGAUCCCCUUGUCGUGAAGGUUGAAGAAACCACGAGGGACGAGACCAAGGACAUAAUCACUGAUGGAGCAGCGAAAGAGCCCUUCUCUCGUGCUUGUUUGUAGUUCGCUUGCUUCUUCUCUAAAAAGCGGCGUUCGUGGUAGGCUACGACGAUUAAGGCUCGAAGACGCAUAGCUAUUCUUGCGUGAGAUAGUCAUAGGUAUCAACAUUCGGACACGGAGGACACAGUACUGACAGUAUAGUUCUUUUGCACUAUAACCAAUACAACAUUGUACCCCCUCCCCCCACAAUUAUAGGUAGCCCCUUUACCUCGAGAGUGCGAACGUUAGUCAAUCACUCAGUCAAUCAGUGAAUCAAUGAAUCCUAAGCAAUAGAGUAGAGACGCCUAAUGAUGUGAAUCGGGAUACCUACUCCCGGUGAUUACUGGGUCUCCGAAAUGGGAACAUUUCCCUUACGCCGUUCGAGACACCAAAAUUAAGACGAAAAAGAGUCAGAUGUGUAGAUGUAGUUUUGAUUAAAACGAAAAAGGGUCAGAUGCGUAGUAGACGGAGUUUGAAUUUAGCGAACUCAGCAGGUUCUCUACAUUUGGCUCCCUCCAGGCAUAGAGUGGCAGCGGCCUCAAGCUCGUCGCACUUCUCAGCUCCUUUCUCACGCUACAGCUACUGCCAUGACCUUCUUCGUCACAUCAUCUGAAGCCACCUUCUACUAAUCAUAACUCUUCUAACUCUCUAGGUUAGACCAACUCUGCUUGAUCAGCAUUCUUCUUCUUAUAUUUACAAUGCUUACAACGAUAUUCGCAUUGGUGGCCUCUUUCAUGCCCCAUGAUUGCGCACGCUACUCCUCCUCCUCCUCCUCCUCCUCCUCCUCUUCCUGCUCUUCCUGCUUUUCUUCCUCCUCCUCCUCUUACUUCUCUUACUCCUCCUACUCCUCCUACUCCUCCUACUCCUCCUACUCCUCUUACCCCUCCUACUCCUCCUACUCCUCCUGCUCUUCCUGCUCUUCCUACCCUUACGACCCCUCCUACUCCUCCUCUUCCUGCUCUUCUUCCUCCUCCUCUUACUUCUCUUACUCCUCCUACUCCUCCUACUCCUCCUGCUCUUCCUACCCUACUUACUACCCCUCCUACUCCUCCUCUCGCUGCUCUUCUUCCUCCUCCUCUUGCUUCUCUUACUCCUCCUACUCCUCCUGCCCUUUCUACUUUUCCUACUCCUCCCUCCUACUCCUCUUCCUACGCUUCCUACUUUUCCGACCCCUACUACUCAUACCUCCUACCCCUCCUGCUACGCCUAUGCUCACAAUGAUACUCCUACUUCAACUAUGCUCACAACGAUGCUACGAAGUCGCGACCCUUCUUCUAAUUCCUACAAUGCUUACGAUGGUACUAUCCCAGCGGACAAAUCAUACUUUAAAGAGCUGAUGAAUGAAAACUUCGCGAAGCACCACAAGAGGAACUGGAACUGGUUCAUGUACUUUAUGAAGGGGUGUUGCUUGCGCUUGGGUAGAUUAAUUGUGUUGCAGCUUAUUAUGAUUCGUUAAGAUCUAAUAAUUAUCUUGCUUAGUAUUUAAUUGGUGACUGGUUAAGAUUAUUCAGUGACUUACUUAAAUUUUUGAGAUGAAAGAGAAUGAUAAUGACUUCCCAGGAGGAGCAAGAUGAACUUUCUUAUUAUAGUAAUCGAAGAUGACUUAAAAUAAGCGAGUAGCUGCCUGUGCCUGAAAUUAAAGAGUCGCUACGUUCUUCCUCUUUCGUCAGUAUCUCGGCUAUUCAAAGUCCAGUAGCAACUUGCUUAUUUCAGUUUUACUUCGAAUACCUACGUAGGAGUAGGACAAAAAAGCACUGGCUCUCGUUCAAGCUAAGUAGGACGAAAAAGCACUCACUUGAUGUGAAGAACUUGUAGGGUGGAUCAUGAAUGUGUUAUUUACUGCUACUACUAGUAAGAAGAAGUGUCAACAUCAUGUUGACUCUCAAUUACUAUUUCGGUAUGAUCUUCGUUCAUGUUGUUCUACGUGGUGCCGAUAACUCUGCUCACCAUUAGCUGCAGUAUUUGCUGCUGCUGUUGUUAAGGCUAAAAAUUGUACUAGUAAGCGCAAUACUAGGGUGCUCGAACCUCUAGUCAGGCACGUCAGUCAAUCUACUCCCAUAUUGCAUACAGGAUCGAGAAGGGUAACAGGCACAGGAGGGGAACAACUUUGUAUUAUCAAUCUUUGCAUGUGCGUGUCUUGUUGAUUUACUUUUAUGCUUAGUUGUUCGUUGGGGUUCGUCUUGUUAAGCAUGAUACCACCAGGCUCUCAGAACUAGUACAACUUGAUGCGCACUAUUGUAUCUAUAUUAAUACACCUUCAUUUCAAAGAGAAUGAGCAUAAAGGUCCAAGGUCAUGCUGCUCCAAAACCAGAAGCAUAGCGCAGGAACUAGACUAAAACUAAUAAUGUACUAUUCGUGGAUAAAGAUAGAUCUAUCUCUAAUAGUGCUGCUGUCGGAUCUGCAGUCCCAGCAAACAAGCAUCAAAGUUUCCAGAGCCACUCAAGAGAGACAGCGUUGCACCAGCGGCCGCUGAUCCCCGGAUAGAGCAACUCAUGAAGUUGGAGGCUCAGCGUGAAGCAAGGUUAUGGCUCUGUAGACGUAGGAGAACGAGAACGACUCUAGAUGUAGAACGCGUAACGUUCUUGGUCUGGAGAUCUGGAGAUCACCCUCGUCUUCAGUUACUCGCGUAUUUCAGUUUUUUCGAAUAGAACACCUGUUCUAGGUGCAAAAACAGAAACACGUACUAGAUCUAGAUUUUGGCUCUGAUUAUAGGUCGCUAGAAGUCCUCAUACUCUAUGUACGAUCAUUAAGUGCGCCCCUCGUAUUAAUAAGCUGUGGAGCUUAAUAUUAAGUAUUCAAGAACGCACUAUUUAGUAGUUCGUAACUGGCGAGUAAGUGUAAGUCUAAGUACUUACAUGAGUGACCACCUUGACCUUAUUAAAUCAGCCUGUAGUUGUAUUUACUACACCGUGCUUGCUGUCUAAUUCGAGAAGCAGAAGAGCGGAAAGAAAGACAAGAAGCAGCAGAGCGAUUGGAAAGACUCGAGGCAGAGAGGCUAGCACUCGAGAGGGAACGUAAAGAGCAAGCACAACUUCAACUUCUUACGUCGUUGGCACAUAUUUUUAGCUUUGUCGUUUUCAGCCACCUGAGACCGACGAGUAGAAGGGCCUUGCAGGUGCUCUUUCUACUCGUUCGAAGACUCUAGUAAAAAGAGAAAGAGUAACUACUUACCCUUUUUCAUCUUUGAAGGGAGCAAGAGAGCAGUAGACAAGAUGUAGCAAAAUGGAAACCGAGAACUGGAAAGGAGUAGCAGUAGACGUCUUUUCCUCAGUGAGUUGUAAAGAUAGGUGUCGUCUGUCGUGGUCUUCUUCUUACAGUAUAGAAGGAAAGAGGACUUGUUUGAUGAUCCUGGUGUAUCGCUCUAAACCAGAACAGCCAUUAGGUCAGCCGGACGUGAAUGUGAACAUCGAUUGGUCAACAUUCAAAGGCACGAAAGUUAAGACGUGGUUCUACUUGAAGAUUGUUACGUUUUUUUUUACCCUGUCGUACGUAGUCGUGCUGGUCCGUCCUAGUCCUUGAUGUACUGCUGGGAUAUUAAAUAUAUCCGCUCGCUUCUUGCGAACUCACAAAAGAAGACUCCUGAGAUGAUGAAAUAAUAACCAAAGACAGAGGAGAAUGAACGACGAUUAAGCCCCCUCAAUUUCUCUAAGUUUCGCGACGAUUGGUGGAACCAGGAUGGAGGGAAGGGAGGCGAGUGGGGCAAGGGAGAUCUUAAGGCUUGUUCUUGUUGUGCUUCCAUCAUUAUUUAUUGUUCAUGGUGCCUAUGUUGUUGUUGAUGGUCCCUAUGUUGUUGUUGAUCUUCUGAUAGUAGAUUCAUUGAUGGGAUGCAAUGGUCGUAAUCUACCUCUAGAUGUUGUUUAGCUCUAGUACGUGCUUUUGCUUUUGCACUGGUCUGCUCUCCGCUUCAAAGCUUAUAAUGUUCGUUGCAUCUUCAUCUUCUUAGUCACUUUCACUGCAUGUGCAUCGUCGAUCUACUUUGAAAAACUUAACGAAGAGCAUGGGAAAUAAACUAAAUGUUAAAGUUAUUUGACUGGUGACAUUGUCAUUGGCUCCCUAUGUAUGAUAUAGAUACUCUUCGACUGCAAGGACUUCGAGUAAGGUCAAGCAGUCCAUGAGGUAUCUAGCUCUAGGAUAACUUCAAGGACCUCCAGUAAGAGGAAGCAGUUGAUGAGAGAUGAAUGAGACCAGUCUAAUGAUACAGGUCAGUGGGGAGGGCAAGAAGGGCAGUGGGGCCGAGAUGGCGCGUGGGGCCAAGAUGGCGAGUGGGGCCAAGAAUGGGAUGGAGUGUGGGGUCAGGAAGCUAAAGGUUAAGACGAACUGGAAGACUUGUAGAUCUUGUUGUUACACUGAUAGUGCUCGAGUUGUACUUAAAAUGAAUACAAUUCAGACCGAAGAUGUAUAGACGCCAAUUCAGACCGAAGAUGUAUAGAUGUAGUUAGAAUAACAGCAUACUUUUCGUGGAAGUAUGUACUUCUAACAUAAAGACGACCAGCAGUGGUGGGGAAAAGGCGGAGAAGGGGAUUGGGGUAAAGGCAACUGGGAUCCGAACAUUCAUAUUCAUCUACCAUUAAGGCAGCUGCAAAGAGUAAAGACGUGGCAAUUUUUAAUAGUACACUAAUCUGUGAUGUGGGUGUUGAGAAAUUUGCUUGUUUUUUGAAACAACAUAAAAGUGCACACUUGAAGAUGUUUAGUUGUAGUCUUCCCACGACAGUGAGUAAAUUGUUGAGCAUUUUAUUCCCCAUCCCCAGCAGUGUCACUGACAGCACUUUCGGACCCUCCCCACCCUGCUGAGCCAGCACUAAGACCGGAGCAACAACAACAAGUACAGCCGCAGGGUGAGCCUAUAGAAAAGAAAAAGAAAGAGAAAAAGCCGAAGAAGGAAAAAAAGCCAAAAGCUUACGGCCUCUACUACUGGUGCUUGCGUAUGCGUACAGUACGGGUUUUUCUACAACAUAUAAUUUGUUGCACGAAAGAUCAUGAACAUGAUGAAGAUGCAUGAUUCUUCUUGACGGUUAAAAACAAGACUAACAGAAGAAUUACCAGGUCUUACACUAGUUACGUAUGAAAAUUACUUGUACAACAUGAUCGACUGACCAUUUCUUGGCUAAAAACAAUAGUGUUAGAUUCCAACUAGGUCUCAUACGCAUGCGGAGUAGGAGAACUCUCUAAGUAAGGCCCAGGGGGAAGAAAAAAAGCAGACAGAUCCAAGUUGUGCUUCCACCCGGCUAUGGAAAACUGGUACUUUAACUCUUUUUUUUACAUCCGUACGCGUUAGCGUUUCUUCGUUUUUUCUACUCGCUGAACACUACUUUUGUCCGGAUGAUGCUUCGUCUUACUCACACUACCAGUUGUAGUACCACAGGAUUAAAUGUCGAAGAAAAUACACAAGAACCCCGUUAGUCUUAUUCAGGACGUUGAAGAAGAUUACUCUUACUCACAACAGGAUGAUGACGAGGGUACUAGGAAACGGAGUCAGUCUGCCAAAUCCGCUAAGGAGAAGGUGAAGAAAGAGCCGAAACGGUCGGUCAGCGUUACUACAAAGAAGACGAGGAGAGUUAUACCGAAAGUUAUGAAGAAGAAGAGAGCACACUCACAGUACUAUUAGAAUUUGACACACAGUUCUUGCAACUCCCUGUUUUCCCCCGCCAUUAGGCUAAGAAGUACUAAAUGGGAACGCAUCCUCGUAUUUUAUUUGAGUUAGAAUUUUUAGAAGGAACGCGUUCCUUUUAGAGCAUUAUAAGUAGUUAUGAUUUUUAUUGUUUGAUUACGGAUGCGCCAUUCACUUUGUAAGUAGUAGCUAUUCUGACUUUUACUGUGUAUGUUGUCGAUAGGCUCCCGAGUGAAGAUUCUCUUGCCUCGCUGCUGUUUGAUCUGGUGUUUCUCGUGGUUUUGUAAUCUCGGUCAUCCUUCUUGUAUCUGUAUUUUGCUCUGGUCUUUUCGUUUUAUUUAUUCGUGGUGUUCCCUAUUUAAGUAGCUGAGAUAAUUGUUUGAUUUCUCUGCUAUAAGACUGGAGAUUUUUUCACACGACAAGCUUGGGAUGUCACUGCGGGUGAGCUAGCACCCCUGAGCCGCAGUGGCUCACCGUGCCCUUGCGUGUGCGAGCACUCACUUUCCGUUGGUUCUUCGUUUAGCCUUUUCUCUUUCCUUCUUGCCUACUUGCGUUUCUUUGCGUUUUCCCGUCAGUGAGAAAUCUCCUUACUAGCUAUCUUAACUUUCUUAAGUUAGGUUUAUACCCCACCCUCCCCGUCCUUGGUCGCUGACCUUUGGAUUUCCUUUUUAGUUGAUCUUAUUAUUCUUCAUGAAGGCUAUUAUACGUUCCAUUUCCUUCCUCUAUUCCACACAAGCACAAGAUAAUAUCACAGGAUUCUUCUGAAGAUCAACUUCUACUAAAAGGGUAUCAACAGAUCUUCUGUGUGAUAAAAAUAAGUGAUUGAAAGCGGGAGUUCCUCGUUCUUGUCAGAGUUUACGAAUUGGGAACGUGAGCCUUCGUGCUUUUGAUUUUCCCACCCUCCCUUCCCUUGUCUGCAUAGAAUGUAAAGUGGCUCGGGGGCUUAGAUCUAGUGUAAAGCAUAUAUUAGAUGGCCAUCUUAUGACGGCCUCUGAGCCAUUCCGACUGAGUGAGCGGAUUUUUAUGACAAACGCAAGAUGAAGAUGAACCGCUCUGACGGUACAGGUCACCCUGUGGGCGCCGGCGAGUUGAUUCCUAUCCCAACCUAGUGUCCUAUCCUAUCCUAUCCUAUCCUGGGAUAGUUCUAAAACCUGCGACAAAAGUAGCAAGAGAGGACGCAGCGCCAGUAAGGGUGACGCGAGUAGUCGCAGCGUUUCCGGAAAAUCAGCUGGAAGCAACAAAAGCGGUAUGGCUCCUCCUUAUAGUCACAGUCUCAUGGUCACCUCAAGUAAGUAUGAUUGUAGUUGUAACCAUUCCUGUUCUAAGAUCCGAGGAGGUUUUGGCAAAUCGUUUGCGUUUGCGAAACAGAGUGGUGCUCUUGGAGCUGGUGGUGGCUUCGGUUUUGGUGGUUCCAAGAAGCCUGGCUUUGGAAGAGGGGCAAAAGCUUAUGAGGGGGGAAGCGGUUGUCUUGUCUUCUUGUAUUCUGUACUACGAGUAUGAGUACCACUAUAUGAAUAUUAUUAUUUCUUCUCUACAUCUUAUAUUCUACUUGUAUUUCUUAUAUUCUGUGCUGGAACUGUUUUGUCCUACCAUUAAGCUAGUAGCACCAAAUGUUGGGACACCAUGAUGAUGACGAGGUUGAGUACCACGACUAUAGGACUGGUUCCGGUAUUUAGUAACCUGAAUUUGAUCACACUGAUUGUGAUUCUCUUCUCGUUUUCCCUUAUGAUCCAAAUCAGGCUAUACCAAAUACCGGAGCCGUUCUUCACUAUAAUUAUAGAUGGCUCAUAUGAUCAUGUUGAACCGUGACAGGGACACAAUAAGCAUGACGAUGACGUGGGGUUGUAAUGAAUUACUCGAAAACUGAAAAUAACCGAGUAAGUGACUGAAAUAAGGGAGGUAAGUAGGUUUGACAGGGCUACUCUUCCUUAUUCAGGCUCAACUGUGCUUAUUUCAAGUAGUUACUCGGUUAUUUCAGUUUUUCGAAUAGAGUCUCAUCAUCUACUAGGAGGCCUACUAGGCAUGGACCACUUGGAUCAUGAUAUUGAUCUUCGAAAAAGAACGACAACCUGCCAUCGUUCGGACUACUGCCAGAGUAACUACUCGAAAACUGAAAAUAACCGAGUUACUGACUGAAAUAAGGGAGGUAGCUUUGACAGGGCUACUCUUCCUUCUCAUCAGUAUCUCGCUUAUUUUCAGUAGUUACUCGCUUAUUUCAGUUUUUCGAAUACCUAAAAUAUUAAGGGAGCCAGUACUGAAAGAAGAGGCAUGUAGUCACACUCAGUUAAAAAUGACGUCAAAAAUAUUCUUCGAGAAAGAAUUAUUCUAAGAAUCUUCGAAAGAGGAGGACGAUGUGCCGCCAUCGUUCGGACGCUGAUGAAAAUUCGAGACCACAAGAGGAAGGGAACAAAGAUGUCAGCAACAAUCUAUCACAAGAACAAGAAGAAUUAGAAUAGUGUAGUUUUCAAUAAACAUUUCAGUAAGAAGAUUAUGGUCAAAUUCGUUUUCCGAUAUUUAUCAGGACUAGAUCAAGAACAAUGAGAAAGAAGAUUUCAAUACACGAGGACCAAAUGGACAAGAAUUUCGCACUAUUUAGUAUCUAUACAGAAGUUUAUUUCCAUUUGCAGUCUCAGUAGCAGAUCAGAAGCUGCAUAAGCAGUCGUAGGAGGUAAAAAGUACUUUUAAUAUUCAGUCACAUUUACAACGACACGAACAACAACAAUGAGGAACUACUUUGUGAAACCUGAAGAUAAGGAAAUUUAGAGUGACCAGCAUAGCGACGUUCGCGUGUGAUUAUAUUAGUACUACCAGGUAGUGUAGUAGUUUCGAUGUGCAUCACCAUCAGUCAUAAAAUGAAUUGUAAUCGUUCGAAGAAAAUGCGGUAAGGCUAACCUUGUCAACUGAACCCCUGACGACCCUUCUAUUAACCACUAUAUUGAACCCCUGACCCACAUCCACCUUCUAUCUAUCAAGGAUAUGAGGUGGAAGAAAUGGUAGGACUUCUAUUUAUAUAUUAUAGAGACAACCCGUGGUGAGGACGAGGACGACUAAGGUAUUUGAAAUUAAAUUAGAUUUUCUAUUUCUCAAGGUUAAGGUAGUAGUUCACCUUCAACACACAGAUUAUGCAGAAGCAGUCAUCAACACGAUUUGAUUGAGUCAUAAAAUGGUAAUGCAACAACAUGUCAUACCAAAAAAUGUUGAGAACCAACCACAGAAAUGUUGAGUCAUUUGAAAAGUUUGUACAUUUGUAAACAACUUUACGGAGAAUGCAUUAGAAGAU